AUGCUGACCCCCAGCACUCCCCUAUCGCCGAUGCCUCCGUUCAAGAUCCCAAAGAUUGACCUUCCCCGGCCCCCGGAUCCGCUGCUGGAUCCCGCUGGCUACCUGCGCAGCCUGGCCGCUGUGCGCGACAGGGCCAAGAUCCUCAUGGAAAGGGCCGAGGAGAAUGCCCUAGUCCACUUCGACGUUGAUAUGAACAAGUUUCCGGAUGUGGUGACGUUUGUCGCAGGGCUGAUCAAGCGAGAUCACGACGCUCCGUUCCAGGACAUCCCCAGCCAUGGCCGGUAUCAGCACUUUUGCGUAGGAGGUCGAGAUCGGAUCGCUGAGCUCCUGAGCAGCUGGCCCGACAGCGUCGACAACACGGAGCGAUGCCGUCGACUCGUAGACCUCUUCUUCGUCAGCGUGCUGCUGGAUGCGGGUGCGGGCACUACCUGGACCUACAAGAGCGUUGAGAAUGGCAAGAUCUACAAGCGCUCAGAGGGCAUCGCAAUCGCCAGUUUGGAGAUGUUCAAAUCAGGAAUCUUCUCAGCAAGCCCAUCCAACAAGCAUCAAGUCGACAAGGUCGCACUGGGGGCUCUCAGUGUGGCCAAGAUCGCUUCGGGCAUGCAGGCCGACGGCGACAACGAGCUUGUUGGCUUGGAGGGCCGAACGGAGCUUCUGGUCAAGCUGUCAGACGCUCUCAAUGAGCACUCCGAGUUCUUUGGUGCCGAUGGCCGGCCUGGCAACAUGAUUGAUUACCUGCUAUCACAUCCCGCAACUCAGGCGUCAUCGGUUCUCAUUGUUCCGCUGCCAGUGCUGUGGACCGUCUUGAUGGAAAGCCUCUCAUCUAUCUGGCCUACUCGAACGGCAAUUAACGGCGUCCCGCUUGGCGAUGCCUGGACCUGCGAGGCCCUGCCCACCUCGGGACCCAAUACCUGGGAGUCCAUCCUGCCGUUGCACAACCUGACACAGUGGCUUGCGUAUUCGCUCAUGCAGCCUAUGCAAUCCCUGCUUAACAUGUACUUUGCCGGUACGGAGCUUCUGACUGGCCUGCCCGAGUACCGCAACGGCGGCCUCUUUGUCGACCUGGGAGUGUUGACUCUCAAGGAGAACGACAUGGCCCGCGGACUGGCCAAUUACGGCGCCUACUGCAAGCACUCGGGCAUCAAGGUGGUGGAGGUGGCGCCCAUGUUUGAGGCCUCAGACGAUGUCAUUGUGGAGUGGCGAGGUUUGACGGUCGCUCUGCUCGACAAGCUCCUGGAAGGCGUCAACGAGGCACUCCGGCCGGAGCUGGAUGGCCAUGAGAUGACGCUGGCGCAGCUAUUGGAAGCUGGCAGCUGGAAGGGAGGUCGGGAGAUUGCCGAAAUCAACAGGCCAAACACCAAAGAGCCGCCGAUUCUGGUCGAAAGCGACGGAACGGUAUUCUAA